UGUCCAUUGUUCCAUGCUGGUCCCACGCGAUAUGCUCGAAAAACUGCAGCAGUGUUACAUUUUGGUGCUUAAAGGAUGGUCGUGUGCUUCGAGUAUUCGUUUUCCACUCGUGUGAUAUAAACGAACCGUAAUUUGAUUUUGAUAGGGCGUGAAAGUUAUCAUAAUUAUUAAUCAAUAUUAGCGCCUAAUUUAACGGUGAUCAAGUAUGUGUAAUAAAAUCCUUUCUAGAUUUUUGCCAAAAUGUUGGCCUAUCUCGCCCUUGAUGAGAUUUUUAGUGAUAUUUUGUCUAUUUUGUGUCGUAAUUUCAAAUGUGGAGUGUGUGAAGAAUCUUUCUCGAUCUAACCUACCUGGCGAAGAAAACAAACAUGUCGAUGGAAAGAACACCGAAGACGAACAUUCACCGAUAAGACUGGAUUUAGUCGACUGUUCAGUCCACAAUGGCCGAUUCUUGUGCGAAGAUAAGCGAAAAUGCAUCAAGUUAUCAGAUACGUGUAACGACGAAUGCGAUUGCUUUGACUGUUCAGAUGAAAGUGACCUAUGUUGGGAAUAUAACGAAAUUAUAUGUCGAUCGUGUGAUCAUUUGUGUUUUCCUUCUCCACGUGGCUCCACGUGUUUGAGUAACAACAAUACUCGCCAAGUCAGCUCAUUAGAUCUUCAAGAAUGUGGUCCAGACGCGGUUUGUGAUCAAAAAUGCGUCAUGUAUGAAGGAAUAGAACGAUGCUCGUGUAAAGAAAAUUAUCGAGGGAAGCCUGGAACCAAGGGAAAAGAAUGCGUUAGCCAUGUAUCUUAUGAAAAUCUUCUUCUGUAUUCUACUUCAAAGGAGAUCAAAUUAUUAAAUUUCACUGCCAAUGAGACCCGCGUGAUCCGGAAAGAUGUCCAGUGCACAUGUUUAGCCGCAGCUGGUGAUUAUUUGUAUUACGGUAUAGAAGAUAAAAAAUAUAAAGGUUAUGUGUACAAAUCUUCAAUUCGGACUGGUGAGACGGAUCUGAUCAUUAAUACCACAUAUAAGGGUUCAGCUAGGAUUUACACCAUCGACAUCGAUUGGAUCACUGGUAACAUUUACUUUUCCACAAAUCAGUUCAUUGGCGUUUGUUCAGAAGAUGGGGCAUUUUGCACGAGAGUUAAAUCUCUUGGUGAAGCUGAUUUAUGCCAUAUCGGUUUAGCUCCACGUUCAGGGUUGUUAUUCACUGCAAUGGGAGCAGUAUUCCAUCACCAUCCCUAUUCCAGAAUCCUGAAAACAUCAAUGGAUGGAUCAAACCAAAUACCAAUAUACGACGGAGAUAUACCCCAUCCAAUUUCGUUGACUGUUGACGAAUCAUCUGAGAAGGUUUUUUGGAUAGAUUCCGAUCUCGGAGAAAUUCAAAGCAUAGGGUUUGGUGGCAAAAACUGGAAGAAAAUAUUUCGAAGUUCUCCGUUCAAUGUUUUCACCAUAAGCGCAUUCGAAAGUAGUUUGUUUUGGACAGAAGAAAACAAAAACACCAUUGGAAUGAAUUUUGACAAUUCAACUAAAUUUAUCAUCGACAAAAAUGCAACUUCCGUAAAAUAUUUAUACGCGUUUAACCCUGUUUUACAACGCAAUAAAAUCUCGAAUCCUUGCACGAAUUCAGGCUGUAAUGGUCUAUGCUUACUUCGACCAUCGUCAGAUGAAGGAUUUUUAAAUUUUACAUGUCUAGUACCAUGUGACAAUACCAAAUCUUCGAGUAGACAGAAGUGGUGCAAUAAUACGUUUAUUCCACAUGGACCUUAUUCUAAUGAAGAUUACGGGGACUACGGGGACUACAACUACGACAGUCAACCUUCCCAACCUUCCCAAAUAGAAGAAGGAUGGAGGGAAAAAGGUUCCAAGGAUAUUCCUUCCCAACCUCCACAAACAGAAGGAAGACUCACAUUGUUUGUGAUCUUGGCAAUAAUUGUUGGUUGUCUGAUCGUGUUGACUGGUGUUUUGAUUUAUUUUGUUUUUCGAAGAAAGAGGUUCUGCAUGAAUAACCAAUAUUCUCAAAUGGAUGUACCAUCUGUCGUGUACUCGACGCUCCAACGUAACCAGACUGUUAUUGAGUGAAAUUAAUCUAAUACCGUAUGCAAAGUAGCACACGCCAAAACGAUUUACUGAUUGUGAGCUAUCAAUACGUGAAUAUUCAGAUAUUGUCAACAGUGUUUAAUAGCUUGAUUAAAAGCGAAACUAUGUCAGAGGAAAUUGCAGAACACAAUUAACUCGAGGUGUAUAUGACGAGCUGCGCUGCAACCAUCUCAUCUGUUUCAUAAUUAAUAGAAGAAGAGCAAAUCAAUGUCCUUAACCAUGACCCCACAUGGGGGUUGUAAAUGAGCUUUUCGGCUCUGAGCUCAUUCUACACUAAAAUAUGUUGAAAGCCUGCCACAAUAUUACGCAUUCCAUUAAUUACAUAAUCCAUAAAGAAGAUAUCCUUAUAUAUUAAAAGAUGUUUGAAGGAAAACCUUGAUAGAGUCCGCCAGCCUUUUCUACUGAACCGAUUUCAACAAAUUUUUUUUUUAAACGUUCCUUUUAACGUGUAGAUAUGUCAUCAAGAAAAAAAAAUCGGAAAUUUUGAAAUUAAGGGCCGAAAAAAUUGAAAAAACACGUUUUCUAUUGUGUUUAAACAAUAGAAUUUCGAGUAGAAACCUUGAUAGAGUUCGCCAGCCUUUUCUAUCGAACCGAUUUCGACAAUUUUUUUUUCAAACGUUCCUUUUGACGUGUAGAUAUGUCAUCAAGAAAAAAAAUCGGAAUUUUUCAAAUUAAAGGCCGAAAAAAUUGAAAAAACACUUUCUCUAUUGUUUAUAAAUGCACGUAUUACAAUGCACACCGACAACAAUACACUCAGAACGUUGCUAUGUGGGCGUGUUUACAGCGUAGGGGUGUUGAGGAGGGAAUGAUGUUGUUGUUUGUUGUGUUGCGAGUUACAUUCAUUGCUAUAGUAUUUUAUUUUUUUCAAAACUGGAAUGUGGUGUCUGUUAAAAUAAUAAGGAGAGGAGGUUCUACACUUGAGAUCAUUUGGGUUAGGAUUUUAUUUCAACAGCACAAAUUUAAAUGUUUAGUGGAACAUUGUUUGUAAAAAAGUUAAAGUGAAGAUGAAGAAGGGUUCAGUACAGUGUAGCCAGAAUUUUCUCAAAGAGAGGGCAAAACCAGAUAUUUAGGUAUGAAAAAUCGAAAUUAGAGGUAAUGUAAUGGAAACCCUUCGUAAUGUACAUAUGAUAAUUUGUAUGGAAAUGAAGGUGCAAUUACUGCUCAAGUGAAGUGAGAGCGAAAAA